AUGUUUAAAAGUGUUAACGGUUUUAAAUCAAUCAAAAAAGCAAAAACUGAAACUGCAGUAAAUGGUUAUACGUAUGCCCAAUAUAUAGUUGGAAGAUACUUUUAUGAAGGAUAUCGAACGAAGAAGGAUAUUAUAAAGGCCAUACACUGGUUAAAUAAAGCAAAGGAAAAUGGGAGUACUUUUGCUGGUAACUUAUUAGCAGAAAUAAUCAAUAGGUUUCGACUGGAAGAACAACAACAGUGA